CGCUAACGCGCGCUGAGUUACUGACGCGUCGAUAAUUCAAAAUAUCGUAUGUUUUUGUUCAUAAUGCAUGUUAUUUUUCUUUUAAAGGGUUAUUAAAGUGAUUAAGGCCUGGUCAUAUUCAGCCCAGUGAUGUGCUAAUAGUGUUUUUUAUUUUUAAUAGUGACGUUUUUGGCACCUUUUUUGGAUUUUUAUUCCGGAUUGACUUCGUUCCUAGAAUUGCUGACGACGUUGCCAAAACUACUAGGAAAUGUUCGGAGAUUGACAGAUAGUGAUGUCGUGGACGACGUUGACACUAACAUUGAAUGGGCUAAUUGUAGAAGCAGCUAUGUUGACUACUAGUGACGUGAAUUUUAAAAUAAUGAUAUCUAAUAAAUGAGGUAAUAAAACGUACAGUGUAAGGUGAAGUGCAAAACGCAAGAGAAAUCGUGUAACGUUGUAAGAACGUUAACGUUUUAAACUUAUUUAUAACGUUAUUUAUAAUCUAUGGUCGGUAUGAUGUGGUUCAAGAGAGAUCCGAAGCCGGUGGAAAAACCGGUUGACAAAAUUGAAAAUGGAAUGGUGGGAAGGUUGAGGCGGAAAAAACCGGUUCUCCUCAAGUCCACGAGGGAAUCCAGUGAACGGGAGACGUCGACAGAGAGUGAAAAGGAGAAAAGACGGUACUCAGACAUUUUGGAUAUAAAGGUUUCACAGGAAAGACGGGAUGAGAGCGACGAAUCACUAUAUGAGUCGGCUGACUGUCACAGCGAUGCCAUAUCUGCGAGUGAAGAUACCUUACCCAGACUCGGUAAAACACCGACCAUGAGUAAAGAGUCUCUCAAACUCGCUGUCACCGACGAAGAAGUCGAGCUCGCCAAGAACAUCAUCAAAAAAGGACACAGGAAAACCAUGUCCUUGUCAAAUCCUUUAGAAAUCGUCAAGACCUUAGGUGACGAAUGGUUCGACAAUAAGAAAGAAAUGGAAAAGAAUACAGACAAACGAAAGUCGAAAGAAAGCCUUUGGAGUGAAGAGGACAGAGAUUCAAUUAACAGUUCCUCAAUGAAAAUUAAUCCAGAAAGAAUAAAUAGCAAGAAAGAUAACAAAAGCCAGUCAAGUAAAAACAGUGCUGUUGAUGGUUCUAAAUCUAGAAAAAGUAAUAAGGGUUCUUCGGUUAGUGCUCUCAACUUCCUAAGAAGGAAGAAGGUUCCGACGUCUGCGAUGAAAGCUGUAGAGGUUGUGGCUGAAGUUGUGGACAAAAUUAUUAGCACUGAAGAGUUACUAAAUUAUACUAGAUUAUUUCUUGAAGAAGAGCGACGACACGCAUCUGUUCGAGAUUACAAACCACCGCCUGUUGAGACUGAUUCUGAUGAUGAUAUACCUACUCCUAAAUUGAUUGGAGAACACAGAAGGAGACUCAGCAGGCAGACUUCUAGAAGUAAAAGUAAAGCUAGGGGAAAGAGUCAGUCCGUGAAAGUGAAUACUUUGAGGAAAUCUCACAGUGGGACUUUGAAGAAAGGCAAAAAAAAGAUGACCAAGACGCCGUCAAUACGAAGCAGGCAAGCUAGCAUUGUGGACCAGACACCUGUGUUGAAAAAGAAGACUUCAGAUUCGUUAAAACAUAAUUCUUGGCUGUUUAGCGGAUCUAAAGGAGAGGCCCGCCGCGAGGGCUCCACAGAGGACACGACAGCAGACGUGGACGCGGACGCGAGUGACGCGCCCGCCAAAGACCAGCUCGAUAAAGACAACAACUGGCGUGGCUCCGCGGUUAACAGCCGCGGCGUGAACCGCGCGGAGAGUUGUCGCGAGCGAGACGCGCCGCGUCGCGGCAAGCACCGCAAUGCGUCCGACCCCAACCGUCUCACCUCUGCCGCGCAUAACCACCAUGACCUGGAGCCGGGCGCAGCGACAGCACCCUCAGGCAGUUCUAGCAGUUCGAGUCUCUCCUCGAGGAGUAACGAGAGCAACACCGUGCCCGCUGAACAACAAGCAUCCCAAUCCGACUGGUCGGACGAGGACGAGCCGCUGGCGGCGCAGUGGGCGGACAGCUUGCCGCCGCGCGCGCUCGACUCGCUCACACUCUCUGCAAGGUUACGCAAGCGCCAAGAAGUCAUACACGAACUGAUCGUCUCGGAGGGCUCGCACGUGCGCUGGCUGCGCGUGCUGGGCUGCGUGUUCCUGCGGCCGCUGGAGGCGUCGGGGCUGCUGCCGGCCGACGAGCUGCGCGCGCUGCUGCCCAACCUGCCGGCCGUGCGCGAGCGGCACGCCAAGCUGUACGCCGAGCUGAAGGCGCUGCGCGGCGACCCCGCGCGCUUCGUGGUGCGGCCGCGGCCCGUGGCCGACGCGCUGCUGGCGGCGCUGGGCGACGCGGGCUACGCGCCCACGCUGGCGCGCUUCUGCCGCGGCCAGCGCAUGGCGCUGGACGCGCUCAAGGAGCGGCGCCGCAAGAACAAGGAGCUGCACCAGUUCCUGGCCAGCCGCGAGCAGCUGCCGCUCUGCGGCCGCCUGCAGCUGCGCGACCUGCUGGCCUGCGUCUGGCAGAGGCUCACAAAAUACCAACUACUCCUAGAGAGUAUACUAAAGACCGUGAGCGAAGAGGACAGCGAGGACAGCGAGAAGGAUUCGCCGGAAGAUAUCGAGACGGUCCGAAAGGCCCUAAACGUCGCCAAGGAAGUUUUACACAGUGUUGACACCGCCAUACGGACGUCUGAAAAUGAACACAGACUCCGGACUAUCCAGUCCAAGCUGGAGGUGCGCAUCUCCAUCGCCGGCAGCGAGUGGGACGAGGUGCGGCGCCUGGACCUCACCACCAAGGUGCUGCGCAUGGAGGGCGAGCUCAGCAUCCGCAACGAUUCCAACAAGAAGAUGACUGUGCUGGCGCUGAUGCUGGAGGACGCUCUGGUGCUGCUGCAGCGCGAGGGCGAGCGCUUCGUUCUGCGCCCCAUCACGCCGCCGUCGCAGCAGACGCUGCUGUCGCCGCUCAUCAAGUGGGAGAAGGUGCUGUUUCGACCGAACGCGGCAGUGCGCCACACGUUCUUCCUGAUGAACAUUAACGGCGUUCAGAUGCACGAGCUGUCGGCUAGCUCCGCCAACGAGUACGCACUGUGGGUUCGUCACAUGAGCACGCUGCCCCUGGCCAAGCCGGAGCUGCGGCCCAGCCUGGUGCCGCACCACGCGCCCAGCCGCUCGCAGGACGACUCGGGCAUCAACGUGUCGCGGAACCCGUCCGACGCGUCCGAGAAGUCGACGUCGAGCGCCGGCCCCGACGACGAGGCCGAGCGCGGCGGCGACAAGGACCGGGCGUCCGGCGAGGACGAGCGGGAGAAGGGGCCCGAGAAGGCCGCGGAGCGGGAGCGGGACGAGGACCGGCGGUCCGUCGACAGGGACGAGCGCGACCGGGAGGAGAAGCACAAGCCGCGGCGGCCGACGGUGGGCCGCAUCACCACGCACGGCGCCGACGGGCCCGCGCCGCUGCUGGACGCGCGCGCGCUGCGGGUGCAGCCCGCGCCCGCCGACGAGCUGGCGCGCACGGCGCUCACGGCGCUGGCGCCGCAAGAGCGCCUGCGCCGCCUGGACGAGAGCAUCGCGCGCGCGCUGCGCUCCAAGACGGCGCUGGUGGCCGAGCUGCUGGGCCUGGCGCCCGACUCCUUCGCGCACAUGGCGGACCUGGCCGUGGCCGACACGCUGGGCCAAGUGGACGUGUGCGGCGAGCUGCGCGCCUCGCGCCUGUCGCGCGGCGACAGCGCGGACGACGACGCGGCGCCCGAGGCCGCGGCGCCGGACAUGCACCAGCUGCUCCUGGCGGCGCAGGCGCAAGCCAACCAGCUGACGGAGACGCUGACGCGCGCGCUCAGCGUCAGCGAGGCCGCGUGCGUGGCCGGCCGCGCCAGCCGGCAGAGCGGCCGCUGCGGGGCCUGCCGCCGGCGGGCCGACGCGCCGCCCGGGAUCGACUGCGACGCCGACGCGAGCGGCGACGACGGGCCGGCCGCCGAGUCGCCCGAGGCGGCGCUCGACAAGGAGCUGUCGUACGACACGCUGCCCGACCUGGCCUCGGCCGCGGACCUGGAGGACCCGGCGCUGGAGUCGCCCGGCGCCGCGGCGCUGGCCACGCGGCUGGCGGGCGCCUGCAGCGGCCUGCAGGUGGCGCUGGGCCGGCUGCUGGCCGCGCUGCCGCAGCUGGAGCGCGAGCGGCGCGCGCUGCGCACCGAGCUGGCCGCGCUGCGGGACGCCAACGACGCGCUGCGCCGCCACCACGCAGGGUACCCCGCGCCGAACGACAUCUCCUACUCGAAAGAGGGCGUGGACCCGACGUCGAUACAGGACCAACCGAGCAAUGGAGGUUGAUUAAUUAGCAAGAAAACGUCGACUAAGUCAAUACUGUCACCUCGCGGCGAGUAAGGGCGACGAUAAUAUUACUUGAUACUAACCGACCUGUCUAAAUUUGCAAACGUAUAUUCAUUUUAAAUGGCCAUUGUACAAAUUUUAAAGGAUACUUUGAGGCUGAAUCGUGGAAUAUGAAGUGUAAAAAAAAAACCAUCUAAAUGAAUCGCUAUGGACCACCAUUUGACAACAAAAAAGCAACCUUAUAUAGGUUGUAGAUGACGCUCGUUUGAUUCGAUUGAUUUCGAUUGUGCCACAGCUGAGCAUGAAUUGACAAUUUUUAAUCGCCGUCAUGUGUGAACAAAUGUUAAAACUUUUUCAGAAUUCAUUAUUUAAUUUAGUACACUUAUUUCUUUGAGUGAAAUAAUACUUUCAAUAAAAAAAAGUUAGCAUAAUGAUGAAACUUUCUACCAAGCAUUUUACGGUUCCAUAGUCAUCCGAGGAAUCCUUAGAAUAAAAAAAACUCUUUUCAAGAUUAAAUUAAACCAACAAAUAUUCUGUUGAUACUGUAGCACCAUUAUUUACGUUCUUGUCAUAAUAUUGUUGCGUUUUCACAUAAAAAAUGAGGAUCUUGAAGACUUGAAUAAAGAAGCGCAGGACGCAAACGUAUCGUAUGGAAAAAUUGUGUAAGUAUAUUUUUGUUUCGAGUGUUCGUGUAAAUUUGUCAAAUGAAUUUUCAAUGAAAAUAGUCAAGUUCUAUUGAUAAAGUUUUUGAAGUGGGCUAGCUCACGAAAUGACAUUAGUCAAUGUAAAAAAAAUCGAAUUGAAAACAUAAUCAUUUUUUUAUCGGAUCGGCUAAUUUUAUUUUAUUUGUAAUGUCACUAUUUGUAUGGUCUCGUAAAAUAUUUAAACUAUUUUAUUUAAUUUAAAAUAAACUUUUCCGGUUUAAUUGAAAGCUUUGAAAAUUGUUAGAAUCAGUGUUCUGAAUAUUGAUUUCUUUUUCGUUAUUUGUAACAUUAUUUAUGUAUAUAUUUAUUGAUCCAAAAUUUAAAUCUUAAACCGAAUCGAACAUACUGGUCCUGAUUUAUUUAAAUAAAAUUAAUUAUACAAAUGAGACCAAAAUAGCGAGAAAUCCAUUCAACUAAUAAUUAUGAGUUAUAAAAAUCACGUAUUAAAACAUGGUUUUAUAUGAAUGGAGACUAAAAUAUCGAUACAAAAAAAAGUUCUUUUCUUUUCCAAAAAAAUAUUGAUCUAAACGUUUGUCAUAAUGUUUCUGUCAAUUGUCCCAAUUAAUUUUUUUGCUGCAUUUUUUAUUUACUAAUUUUAAUCUUGUGUAACCUCCCUUGCCUGAACUGAAUAACCUAUCAAAAACUACUCUUAGGGCAAUUAUUCAAAAAGUUUGGGUCACUAGUCUUCUUGAUUUGGUAUUUAUGUUCACAAUUAUUAUCGGGAAUUAAUUAGCGGGACUCGCGCAAUGUUCAAAAAUAAUGUUUUAAUGGAUAUUUUUUAAUUGUACAAAAGAGAUUGGUUUUUAGAGUUUUACUUUUGAAAAUCUAAUUUCAAGAUAAUCAAUAGGACCAUUUGUAUCGUUUCGUUUGUUCCAUAGGUUCGUUAAAACACUUGUAGAAAAACUUGUAUAUUUUGUAAUAAUUGUUUUUAGAUAAGAAAGAAUACACUUUGUAAGUACGAAGCUAAUCUUAGUGUAAAAAAAAACUAUAUUAUUCCAUACGUAAGAACAUAAUGUGAUGUAAGUAAAAGAAUUGUAUUUUUAUUUCUCUUUUUUGUGUAAUUAAUUAUAUUUUUAUUUUUCCAAACAUUAAAAACUUCUCUUACUUAUGUUAAAAUCGAUGUAAAUAAACAUUCGUUUUAAGGUUUUAAGCAAAUAUAUGACCACCUUUUGUUUAGAUAUACAUAUAUUAUUUUGUGUAAGAAAAUGUCGAUAAACUCUCCUCCAAGAUUUAUCUGUUAACUAAACAAAAAUCUUAUUAAAUAUCGAAAGUAUUGAUUGACAAUAUGUAUUUUUUAUUUCUGAAAUCAGCGUAGUAUUAAAUUUAAAGGAUUUACAAUAAAAUAUUUAUAUGAAUUUACGAAAUGUGGUGUCCUUUAAAAGAGACCUGUUGACAUGGGCAAAUUUUAAGUAGUUACACAUGUAGCAGUGUCUUGUCGAUUAUGUCUUUUAAAUACACCACGUAUGUAUAUGUGCGUGAGAUAUACCAAGUGGCCACAUCAGUACCUUGCAUAUAGACUAAGGAAAUGUACAUUAACAUCUGUACAGGAUGUUAGGAUGAUUGGGCAGAGUUUUACUUGCAUUGCUUGGGUAGUGUUCCUCUCUUUCCACAAUUAAGUCUACUGUUUAGACAAUACUACUUUCAUUAUUUUUAAAAUACAAAAGUAAAGUGGAACAUGUGGUUCAUUUAAACGCAUUUUUGGACCUAAUUUUUUUGUGUAUACGAACAGUGUAAAACUAGUCGUUUUUGCAAAGGUUGACUAGUUGGAUUUUGACUAGCCAUGUUGCGGAUUUAAUUAAAUCUGCUGAAAACAAGAACAACCGCGUUGGUAAGUCAAUACUAGCGCAAUUACACGUUUAUCUAAAUGGAUAAACACGUUUCGGACCCCUGAUGUAAAAGACCCGUUGAGCUACCUAACACCCUGUAUAUCGAAGCGAAUGUAUAAUAACAGCUUUAUGUAUACUUACAAUCAUAUUGUCCAAGGUACAACAUUUUGUUUUGGUGUACAAACAUUUUUACAUGGCAUUUGGUGUUCAAAAAGAUGUAGAUAGUAAAAUUAUAUGGGCAUUUUUAAAAGUUAUAACAGUUCUUAUUGUUCGAAAGAUUCACAGCCAGGAUUGUGCACAGACAGGUGACAGCCUUGGCAUUUCUGGAUUUGAGGUCCUCUAGCAGAAGUUUCUUGAAUUUAUCAAUAUGAAAGAGUAUAAAAAUGCAUAACUAGUCAAUGCACUGACCCGUUUUCAAUGUAGUAUUGGGUACAUAUAAAGAAUAGGAUAGGUCUUCAUAAGUCCAAAUGCUUUUUAGUGGACACGGGAAUUCAUUACAAAUAUCUUAAGAUAGAAUGCCCUAAGUUUUACUGUAUCCACUU